UUCCCGCCCGCCCUGGAAAAAUGAGGGAAUCGUCCGGAGCUGGAGUGGGAUUGACGGGCAGGGACGCGGGAUUAACCCCCAGGGUUUGAGGAAGCAACGUUGGAACCGGAAUAAUCCCAGGGACAGAGGGAAGGUCUCGCAUUGUCCGUCGUGGGCCGGCGGGCUUGGAGGCCUGGGUGAACUGAGUGCGCCGCUGGACCAGUCGAUGUACUAUGGUGCUAAGGGUGGACAGGACACCGCUGUGGAUACUGAUCUGUACCGCCAUCGUGGCCAGUCGCAGCUCAGCAGAGAUCUGUGGCAGUCUGGAUGUCCGCCAUGAGGUCAGUCAGCUGCAGAAGCUGGAGAACUGCACCGUGAUCGAGGGGGACCUGCAGAUCCUGCUGCUCUUCAACACCAAGGCCGAGGAAUUCCGCGGCCUCUCCUUCCCCCGCCUGACCAUGAUCACUGACUAUCUGCUCAUCUUCCGCGUCUACGGCAUCGAGAGUCUUCGGGAGCUCUUCCCCAACCUGGCCGUCAUCAAGGGCACCAACCUCUUCUUCAACUACGCCAUGGUCAUCUUCGAGAUGCCCCACCUGCGGGAGAUCGGGCUGCACGGCCUCACCAACGUGCUGAGGGGCGACGUGCGCAUCGAGAAGAACCAGGAGCUCUGCCAUCUCUCCACCAUUGACUGGUCGCUCAUCCUCAACUCCGGCGAGACCAGCUUCAUCUUCGGCAACAAGCAGGUGGAGGAGUGCGGCGACGUGUGUCCGGGAGCAAUGGACGGAGGCAACCCCUGCGCGCAGACCAGCUUCAAGGGUCAGAGGGACUACCGCUGCUGGACCUCCACCCACUGCCAGAAAGUCUGCCCCAGUAAGUGUGGGGACCGCAGCUGUACUGUCGGCGGCGAGUGCUGCCAUAAGGAGUGCCUCGGGGGGUGCCGUCGUCCCGGGGACAACCGCAUGUGCCUGGUGUGCCGGAACUACCACUACGAGGGCGCCUGCCUGCCCCACUGCCCCCCUAGGACCUACAAGCACGCGGGCUGGCGCUGCGUCACCCAGGAGUACUGCGCCAGCCUGCACAAGACCUCCGACCACUCCAAGGACUGGCUUCCCUUCGUGGUUUUCCGGGGCGAGUGCCUGCCGGAAUGUCCCUCCGGAUACACGCGAGACAACAGCAGCCUGGGCUGCAACAGAUGCCAGGGGCACUGCCCCAAGUUCUGCCAGGUGGGCACCAAGACCAUCGACUCACUGGCCGCCGCUCAGCAGCUGUCCGAGUGCACGGUGGUCGAAGGCAACCUCAUCAUCAAUAUCCGCGGAGGGAACAACCUGGCCGUGAAGCUGGAGGCCAGCCUCGGCCUCAUCGAAACCAUCACCGGCUUCCUGAAGAUUAAGCACUCCUUCGCCCUGGUCUCCCUCUCCUUCUUCGCCAACCUCAAGCUGAUCCGCGGGGAUUCGAUGGUUGACGGGAACUACACGCUGUACGUGCUGGACAACCAGAACCUGCAGCAGCUGUGGAACUGGAACCACCACCGUCUCUCCAUCCCCGUCGGACGGGUCUACUUCGCCUUCAACCCCAAGCUCUGCCUGUCCGAGAUCUACCGCAUGGAGGAGGUGACGGGCACCAAGGGCCGGCAGAACAAGGCCGAGAUCAACCCCCGCACCAACGGAGACCGCGUGUCCUGUAAGAGCUACGUGCUGAAGUUCAUCUCCAACGUCACCUACACCGACCGCAUCCUGCUGACCUGGGAACGGUACCAGCCCCACAACUUCCAGGAUCUCAUCAGCUUCAUCGUCUAUUACAAGGACGCCCCGUACCAGAACGUGACCGAAUACAUUGGGCAGGACGCUUGCGUCCCCAACAGCUGGACCAUGCUUGACGUCGACCACCCCCUCAACAAGGACCACCACCCCGAGGUGAUGCUGCACAACCUGAAGCCCUGGACACAGUACGCCAUCUUCGUCCGGGCCAUCACGCUGACCGUGUCUGAGACCAGCCACAGCCACGGGGCCAAGAGCGAGCUCGUCUACAUCCGCACCAAGGCCGCAGCCCCCACCGUCCCCCAGGACGUGGUGUCCAUGUCGAACUCGUCCUCGCAGCUGAUCGUGAAGUGGAAGCCGCCGAUCCACCGGAACGGGAACCUGACCUACUACCUGGUGGUAUGGCAGGAACAACCCGAGGACGGCGAACUCUACACCAACGACUACUGUCACAAGGGGAUGAAGUUGCCGACCAGCGUUGUGGCCAGUGCCCCGGAUGACUCUGACCACGACGGCUACAAUGAUUCCAAGCCAGAGAGCGGGGAGCAUUGCUGCCAGUGUCCCAAGACACAGGCACAGCUGGAACAGGAGGCGGAGGAAACCUCCUUCCGCAAGAAGUUCGAGAAUUUCCUCUAUAACUCCAUCUUCAUCCUCAGAAAACCCAAAACUGUGCAAGGCAUGAAGCCCAGACAGCUGCGGCGACGGAGAGACGCCGAGAUUCUUCGUAACGGGACGGCACCCGUGGCCAAUGUCUCGCUGUCGGAGGUGGGCCUUAACAUGACAGGCGGGAACGGGUCGGGGGCGGAGGGGAAACCCCGCACCGACUUCCCGUACUUCGAGGACAAGGUGUUCAACAAGGAGCGGAUCGUCAUCUCCAACCUGCGCCAUUUCACCGAGUACCGCAUCAAUAUCCACGUCUGCAACCACGCCGCCCACAAGGUGGGCUGCAGCGCCGCCACCUUCGCGUUCGCACGCACCAUGCCGAAGGCUCACGCCGACGACAUCGUGGGCAACGUGACGUGGGAACUGGUGAGUGCCGACACCAUCCUGUUGAGGUGGCCGGAGCCCGCCGAUCCCAACGGACUCAUCCUCAAGUAUGAGAUCAAGUACAGUCGGGAUAAUGAGGAGUUCCACCAGUGUGUUCCGCGCCACGUUUACCAGAAGUACGGGGGCGCACGGAUCAGCCGGCUACAGCCGGGAAACCACACGGCCACCGUGCACACCACCUCGCUGGCGGGAAACGGCUCCUGGACAGAGCCCAUCACCUUCCACAUCCCGGCACUACCCCGGGAGAAGAAGUACGAGGACUUCCUGACGGUGCUCACCAUGAUGCCCGUGGCUGUGCUGAUCGCCAUCCUGGUACUGGCCGCCUUUGUCUACAUCUACAACAAGAAGAGGAUCAACGGAUUCCUCAACGGCACCCUGUACAUGUCCGUGAACCCCGAGUACUUCAACGCCUCGGACAUGUACGUGGCGGACGAGUGGGAGGUUCCCCGGGACACCAUCACCAUCAUCAAGGAGCUGGGCCAGGGCUCCUUCGGCAUGGUGUACGAGGGCAUCGCCAAGGGCGCGCGACGGACGAGCCCGAGGACCCGCGUGGCGCUGAAGACGGUGAACGAGUCGGCCAGCCGGCGUGAGCGCAUUGAGUUCCUGAAGGAGGCGUCCGUGAUGAAGGCCUUCGACUGCUAUCAUGUGGUGCGUUUGCUGGGUGUGGUGUCGAGGGGUCAGCCUACGCUGGUCAUCAUGGAACUCAUGACCCGGGGAGACCUCAAGAGUCACCUUCGCUCGCUGCGGCUGAGCACAGAGGGCAACCAGGACUUGUCCCCGCCCACACUGAGGGACAUGAUGCAAAUGGCCGGGGAGAUCGCAGACGGGAUGGCGUACCUCAACGAUAAGUUCGUCCACCGGGACCUGGCCGCUCGCAACUGCAUGGUGUCUGAGGACCUCACGGUCAAGAUUGGAGAUUUCGGAAUGACCCGAGAUAUUUACGAGACGGACUAUUACCGGAAGGGGGGCAAGGGUCUACUCCCCGUGCGCUGGAUGGCACCAGAGUCCCUCAAGGACGGGAUCUUCACCCACAGCGACGUCUGGUCGUUUGGGGUGGUGCUGUGGGAGAUCGCCACCCUCGCCGAGCAGCCAUACCAGGGCAUGUCCAACGAGCAGGUGCUGCGCUUCGUGCUGAACAGCGGGACGCUGGGGAAACCCACCAACUGCCCCGAGAGACUGCAUGAGUUAAUGCAGAUCUGCUGGCAGCAGAACCCGCGUUCGCGACCGAGUUUCCUACAGAUCCUGGAGAGGAUGACCGACGCCAUGCGGCCCAAUUUCCGGGAGGUCUCCUUCUUCUACAGCGGGUCCGCCCAGCUGCGGGAAGUCGGGGGGCUGCGGGACCCCUCGCUUCCUGCCUGGCCCCAGUUCUCACCCGCCUCCUCAGGGACCCCCGCACGCCCCUCAUCGGGCCCCGGCCAUGCCGCCCGAGCUGGUGCCAGGGAACCCCACCCGGGCUACUGCCAACCUGAACGGGAAACGCCAGGGGUGCGGGGCACUCGGAGACCGCCAGCACGCUGUAGCCCGGGGUAG